UCACGUGACCCGGGGAAGAUGGCCGCGCUGACGGCGGAGGUCUUUGCAGCUCUCCAGAGCCUGCUGAAGGCCUCCUCGAAAGAUGUUGUCAGACAGCUGUGCCAAGAGAGCUUUUCCAGUUCAGCCCUUGGCUCGAAAAAGCUCUUGGAUGUUACGUGUUCCAGCUUGUCUGUGACCCAGGAGGAGGCAGAACAACUGCUCCAGGCUCUGCACCGCCUCACCAGGCUAGUGGUGUUCCGUGACCUGUCCUCCGCUGAGGCGAUUCUGGCACUCUUUCCUGAAAAUUUCCACCAAAACCUCAAAAACCUGCUGACAAAAAUCAUCCUAGAACACGUACCUACUUGGAGAGCUGAAGCCCAAACAAAUCAGAGGCUUGCUGUGGGGUCUUGGGCCCUGUCUGUCUGUCUCCCUCAGAGGCUUGCUGUGUGGAUCCCAUGCAUUGCGCACGUGCAGCCCUUGGAGCUGCCUGCCGUCGAGGGAAGGCUUAGUCACGCAGGCGGCGUGCGCACUGAGCCGAGCUGUCCCCACACAGUCUCUCUGCCGCGCCUGGUCGACCUGGACUGGAGGGUGGACAUCAGAACCUCCUCAGACAGCAUCAGCCGCAUGGCCGUCCCGACCUGCCUGCUCCAGAUGAAGAUCCAGGAAGAUGCCAGUCUGUGUGGGGAGCAGCCCUCCAUGUCAGCUGUCACCGUGGAGCUGAGUAAGGAGACCCUGGACACGAUGUUAGACGGGUUGGGCCGCAUCCGGGACCAGCUCUCCGCUGUGGCCAGCAAGUGACGCGGCCAGCCGGCCCCCAGCACACGCCGCUGUCCUCGCAGCAGGCAGCGGUGGGGACGUGGGAGCUGCCAUCCAGCCCGGGCGCGGUUGGACCAGGCGGAAGCAGCCAGGCCCGCGCGCUGCUUUUUCCUCUUUCCGAAGUUGGAGCAGAAGCUGCUGUCUCGUGAGGCUCCUGUGUGGGACUUCAUGACCCCAGUGGCAGCAGGAGGGAGCGUUUGCUUGGUCAGCCGCCUCCGCCUGGCUGAUUGGAAAAUUCAGGCCCAAACUGCGGCACUCGUCUUAAUAAGUUCCUUUCGCUCUGAUGAGCCCAUUUCCAGCUCUGGAAUGCACGCAGGGAGUCAGGUGGGUGACGCCAGCAGUUCUGCUUCUCUGUCACAGAAGCCAGGCGGAUCCCACAGGGCAGAGCCCCCUCUGCGUGCCUGCCUGCCCCGAGUCCGGAGCCUUCCCGAGCUCCCUCAGCCCUGCUGGACCACCUGGCAGCGUAGGAAGUCUGAAAUGGGAACUCACUUCCUUCUCCAUAGAACCAGAGGCCCCUUCCUUGAUGUAAUGCAGCCACUCAGGGUGAAGAAGUAGGAGUGAUUAGAAAUAAAUAACAGUUCUAAAAA